AGUUGUGUCCAAUCACAGCUGAUCGGAUGUAAAUCAGGAAAUGCCGGGCACUGAUGAUCAGUGUGCCCUGAUGAUCAGUGCAGCCCCAGCAGUGCCACCUGUCAGUGUCCAUCAGUGCCAGCUGUCAGUGCUCAUCCAUGCCACCAGCCAGUGCCCAUCAGUGCCCAUCAAUGCCACAUAUCAGUGCCCAUCUGAGCUGCCAGUCAGUGCCACCCAGUGUCACCCAACAGUGCCAGUCAGUGAUGCCUGUCAAUGCCCAUCAGUG